AUGAGCCGCGGACAUGUCGUACCCUCCCUUCUCCUUCUUCUUGUCGUUCUGACGGCUUUCCUAGGUGUGAACGGCCUCAAGUGCUAUCAGUGCGAGUCGCAUAAGGAGGAGGGAUGCUUUCCUCUGGAUGCGAAAUUGGUCAAACCGACUGAAUGCCCUCCUGACGCUCAAGUUUGCACCAUUCUCAAACAAGAGGCUCAAUUUAAGCUAGCUUACGGAGAGGACCGGGAACCCAAAGUCCGCUAUCUUCGCGGAUGUUCCAGCGAGGCCCCAAAGGGCGCCUACUACUGCGUGGAGCGUGCUGGCACCGGGAGCAACACCAAGAAUAGGUACUGCACCUGCGAUUCGGACGCCUGCAAUCCAGCUGACAGGAAUGCGGUGUUGAGUGGUGCAUUGGCUGCUGUGAUGCUCCUACUUAUCUCCAACCUGGCCUGA